AAAUCCAGCAAGGCGUUCAGGGACCUCUCCUUUCCUACCUACCAUCCAUUACGCGGUGUUGUGUUAAACUACUUUCUUUACCAGGGAAGCCGGCGUGGAGUUGACUUGACAUUUUGUUUUUUUCUUUUCCUUAUCUACUAUGUUAUUCUACCAUUCUUACUCUUUGUGUUUUUGUCUUAUUUUUCUCUUUUUAUCAAGACCUAACUCAUUGAUUGAACGAAUGAUUCGGAGUGCUACGAGAUUAACUUUCCCCCCUUUGGAACGGAACGGACGGACGGCCUUGAAACUGAAGAUAGAUUUGUUUUUCUUUUUUCCUUUCUUCUUCUCCUCUUGUCUUUUCAUCUACUACAUCUACAUCUACAUCUAUAUCUCUACCUUUUACCAAACCACAUGUAUCCUAGUUCUUUCUACUGUUUUCACACACACCCGAUUCGCUCCCAGUUAUAAUGUAUUAUACCUGUAUUGCUACAAAUGCCAUACUGGGUUUUCCAAACAUGUAGUGAUUGAUGUGAAGUGAGGUGAUGAUGAGAUGUGGUAGUAACGUAAACGCCAAUACAUUGUAAGUUGUAUGUGGAACAGGUGAAUGAGAUAGAUAUACUCUUAUCUCAUUGAUUGCAACGCAUGGAAUUCAUCGCCUCAUAAUAACCACAAUCACUCAAUAGAACAAUGAAACAAU